CUCAGGAGUCGGACACCGCCAGUCUCGUUCUCCGUGCCUGCUGUGCUAACGGCUCACUUUUACCUCAGAGAGAAAAUAACGGAAAAAGCUGAAAUUAAAGGAAAAAAAGGUCGACCUCUGUUUUAAAAAGUAACGGUCUUUACCUGAGGAGAGUGAACUAGCGUUAACGUUGGCUAGGUAAAGCCUCCCAGAGAAAGAGUAAAGAAAGCAGCUAGGCUAACUUUCCAAACUCUUUUAUUUUCUCGCUAACGGACAAACAACCCGGUGUUAGCCAAGCUAUCGCUACCGAAACUGGAAAAAGUAACUUUUUUUUUCUUUUAUGCCGGGACGGAGAUGAGGACAGGCGGCAGAGUCACUGAGACUUGACCGUGAAACCACCGAGCGAGCGGAGCACCGAGAGAGCCGCGCUCCGGACCCGGACACCCCGGGACACUCGACCGGGCUUCAGCAGACUUUAACCGGCCAUUUGCAGACGACUGUGUUUAAGGGUUUUUUUCAGAGUGGACCACCGACAGGAGAGCCGUGACCAAAUAUGUUGGAGUGGUUGAGUAACAUCUUCUGGCAGGAGCGUCUCUGGUUUCCAGAGGGUUUAGGGUGGGCUGACCUGGAGGACCGGGAUGGGCGGGUUUAUGCCAAAGCGCGGGAUUUGUGGGUUGUGCUGCCGAUCACCCUGCUCUUCCUUGUGGUUCGUCAGAUCUUCGAAAGGACUGUUGCUAUGUAUCUGGCCUCAUUGCUGGGAAUAAAGGAAACUGUACGAAGAAGAGCAGUGCACAACCCAACACUGGAGUCCUACUACAGCCACACGAGCAAAUACCCAACACAGAGUUCAGUAGAGAAGCUUUGUAAGCAGACUGGCUGUUCAGAGAGGCAACUACAGCGCUGGUUCAGACGACGGAGAAAUCAAGACAGACCCAACCUUAUGAAGAAGUUCCGUGAGGCCAGUUGGAGAUUUACGUUUUACCUUCUGGCCUUCAUUUGUGGCCUAAUUGCUCUCAUUGAUAAGCCCUGGCUGUAUGACCUGGAGGAAAUGUGGAAAGGAUUCCCCACUCUGACACUCCUGCCCUCUCAGUACUGGUACUACAUGCUGGAGUUGAGCUUCUAUUCCUCUCUUCUUUUUAGUGUGGCAACAGAUGUCAAACGCAAAGACUUCAAGGAGCAGAUCAUCCACCAUGUUGCCACCAUCACAUUGAUCAGUUUCUCCUGGUGUGUGAACUACAUCCGAGCUGGAACACUGAUCAUGUUUCUGCACGAUUCCUCUGACUAUCUGCUGGAGUCGGCUAAAAUGUUUAACUAUGCUGGCUGGAGGAAGACUUGUAACUACAUCUUCAUUGUGUUUGCUGCAUUCUUCAUCAUCACACGACUUGUCAUCUUCCCCUUCCGGAUCAUGUACUGCACAUGGGUGUACCCAGUAACAAUCUAUCCUCCUUUCUUUGGAUAUUACUUCUUUAACAGCUUGAUGCUGGUGCUGCAGUGUCUGCACAUCUUCUGGGCUGUGCUCAUCAUCCGCAUGGCACUGCGCUUCCUUCCCAGAAACGAGAUUGUGGAAGAUGAGAGGAGUGACAGAGAGGAGACUGACGACUCAGAAGAAGAAGAGGAGGAGGAGCAGGAGAGAAAUGGGGAGAUAAAGAAGAACGGUCCGAUUCAGAAUGGUUACGUCAGACACAACAACAACCACCACAAAACGGAGUGAUGUUUGGAGGAGAGAGAGGAGAGAGGUGGAAGAAAGCUUGAAAGAAGAGAAUCAAAAACUGAUGAUGUACAUCCUCGCACAAGAGAGAGAAGAGUUGGAGAGAGGGAGACAGAGGAACUUCUUACAAAUGUUGAUGAACCAUUUGUUCUCCCUUCUCUAUACACUACAGAGUGAACAUUCAGGCAUCUCCUCACCACACACACAAACUCACGCACUACAUUACCAAUAUACACACAACCUGUAGUCACACACCCACACAUCCAUACACAUACGUACACACGGAUCACAGACAAUAUCGCUGCAGUGCCAAAUUCAAAAUCACUUCUGAGAGAGAGCUAGAGAAGAGAAACAGCAAAGCAGAUUUUUCAGUUUCCUUCAAAACAAGUGCCUUAUUGCUCCUUUUUAUCUUAAUUCUCUCAUCCCAUUUUAAGUCCUAAACCAUAGUUCCCCUGAGUCAGCAUCCUGUUUCUGCUUUUAAUAUUUUAAAUAAAGCUCUCACUUUGAGAAGCUCAGCUCUUUUUAAAUCAGGAUCUUACAGCUAGUUACUGGUCACUGACCCUGUUCAAUGUAUGUAAAUAGGCCUACAGCAAAAAAACAUUAUCAAAAUCGGCACCUGGAUUAAUAAUUCCCAAAUUAAAAUGUCUUUGGACAAACAAAAACAGUCAUAACUUCUACUAUAUCCACUGCUUAUAGCAUUGUUUUUUUAAAGACUAAGCACAAAUAUGAAACAGGCCAUUGUGUGUAUUUUAAAGAAUACUAUUGCGACAACUCGCACCCUAUUAUCUUCGAACGACAGGCUCAUAGCAGAUGUAAUAACGAAAUGUAAUGAGAAACACUGCAGGUUUUGUUUCUAGAUCAGAAGGUUCUGCUUCUCCUUUUUUUCUGGAAAUAAAACCUCCAAUGUUUCCAGUGCAAGUUAAUAUUACAUUUUAUUUAGUUCACAGCACUGUUGAAUACUCACUAUCUCUUUUAAGUACUAGUGUGGUUUAACUCAUAGGGCCAGAUUUUUCAUUGUGUUGUAGGCUUACCGUGAACCCUAACCAAGUCCUCGAUCUGACAUGUUAUAAACAGUGCCAGUCAUAGUGAAUGUAAUGAUAAAAAAUAUCAAAUAUCUCAAAUGAUUGCUGUUUAAACCCCAAUCAGGAUGAUUUUAAAAUAACAGACUUUAUAGACUCUGUUAACAUUAGUCAGUGCUGAAGAAACCUUCCAGGAUCAGCAGGCAUUCAGGAGCUGUCCUUGUGACUGUCAAAUAAUGUAGUGUUUUUAAGACAUUUUGUAUUAGGAAGUAAUCAGUUUUCCGCUGUCAGAGACAUACAGACUUUGGCCAAAUACACCAAGAAUAAUGUCAGUUUAACUUGAAAACUGCAUGAGCAUCAGUCAAGUCAGUCUUUUUGAAAUAUUGUGUAUCAAAGCUACCAUUCGUAACAUUAGAGAGAAACAGUAAACACACUAAUAACAAGAUUCAUAAUCAGAUUUUCUCCUUUGUUCAGCUAGUGUCAUGUAAUUCUGCACUUGAACCGGGAUUGUGUGUAUCAGGCUUGUGAGAGUAAAGGUCUUGGAUCAGUUUUUGAUUCUCAAAUCCUAAUAUAUCAGUUUACUUGGGCGCUCAACUCGACCGUCAUGCCAAGGAAGUGCAUCCUGCGCUAGAAGAACCAAAGCAAAUGAUAAAUUAUGUCACUUUAUGAACAUUGUUGUGUUGUGAUUCCAGUAAGAAAAACAAAAAACAAAACAACAGCUUUACAGUGUUUUAAUUUACUUUUUUUUUUUUACAUUUUUAUUUCAUUCCACUUGUUCAGAAGUAAUUCAUUUCAUUUUUGAGAAAUGAAGGCGAGUUGGUGCAGGGAUUUGCGUCUUUCCUUCCACUACUACAGUAGCUGUCCCAUUUUGUAAAGGUAUUGUCUAGAACAUCUGAAAGUCACCCACCACGGUACUGGAACCUAUGGGACAGUCUCAUGUCUUUUUCUUAAAAUAAGUGUCCUUUUCCUGUCAUUUUUCUCUCUCCACUCCCCUCUAUCAUCGCUCUCUAUCUUUCCCUGAGUUCUCUUCUUUCUGAAUAUUCCUAUUUCUCCUUUUCAUGCCAUCACAUCCCUUACGUUUUUUUUUUCUUCUGACCAGCGUUUCCACUGCCCUCAUCUAUGCAUUGUUCCAGAAAUACAUCAAGGCCCUAAUUACAGUAUUACUUUUAUUUUUUUAAUUUUAUUUUCUGUUUGUUUUGUUAUUAUGCAUAAAUGUUAUUAAUAGUGAUGGAAAUAAUAAAACAAGUGAGA